UGCUGACAUGCUCGACUCACAGCAGAGUCUUUUCUCUGAGGCUGCUGAGCUGAGACACAGGACGCCAGGAGCUCCUUCUUACAUCAUCAGAUACAGCAGACCUGCCCUUGUGGAUCAUGUUCUAGCGCUACUCUGUCACAUCAGGACAUGGUGAUCUCAAUCUGCCAGGCUGUGGUCACUUAUGUGCCCCUGCUAUGGUUUGUAAGAGUGGCUGAUGGGAUGCCUGACCCCGCUCAGAGGGACCUGCUGAUGCGUCAGGAGGCAUCCAGGCAGACGGGAGGCCGGGUGACCCUGUCGGCGGCCGAGCAGAAGCUGGACGUUUACCUCCAUCGAUUAAAGGAGAAAGAGAUGUCUGCUGAACAGUUCCCCCCGGCUAUACACUUCUUCAAAGCAAAGCCUCUCAUACAGAAGAGUCCCAUCUUCAAACUGCUGCAGAAGAUGCCUAAAGGUGCAGCGCUGCACAUCCACACCUCGUCUCUGGUCAGCGUUGACUGGCUGGUGAAAAACGUCACCUACAGGCCUCACUGUUACAUCUGUUUCACCUGGGACAACUCGGUCCGCUUCUUGUUCUCCAACCGCCAGCCCUUCCCUCGGUGGGACUGCUUCUACUGGCAGCUGCUGGAGACCCUGAGAGCCAGAGUGGGAGACCCCACAGGCUUUGAUAACAGUUUAAUGCAGCACCUCACACUUUUCACUGAGGAUCCAGAUGGUGAGUACCCGAGCCAGGAGGUUGUGUGGGAGAAGUUUGAGAAAGCCUUUAUCGCAGCUGCUGGACUUAUCACCCAUGCACCCGUGCUGAGAGACUACCUCUACAGGGGCCUAGAGGAGCUUCUCAAUGACAACAUCAUGUACCUGGAACUGAGAAGCGGCCUCUCGAGGACAUAUGAGCUCGAUGGAACCAUUCACGAUAAGGUCUGGGCUCUGAAAACCUUUCAAGAAGUGACAAAGAAAUUUGUAGCAGACCAUCCGGACUUUCUCGGGGCUCGUAUCAUCAUUUCCGCGCACAGAGCUCUGAGUGUGUCUGAGAUCAAAUCAGCUGUAAAAGAGGCCAUUCAGCUGCAGAAGGACUUCCCAGACGUUGUUGCAGGAUUCGACAUGGUUGGCAGGGAGGACGAUGGAAGGACUCUUUGGUACUUCAGGGAGGCACUGUCUCUGCCAGCUGAUCUGGGCGUCACGCUGCCGUACUUCUUUCACGCAGGGGAAACAGAUGAUGAAGGCACAGACGUAGAUCAAAAUAUUCUUGACGCCCUUCUGUUCAACACCUCACGCAUCGGGCACGGCUUUGCUUUGGCUCACCAUCCACUCGCUAAAGAGCUUUCUAGAAAAAGAAACGUAGCUGUGGAGCUGUGCCCCGUCUCAAACCAGUCUGGACUCGGUGCCACGCCAAACGCUUUGAAUGUGUGGGAGUACUCGCCUUGACAGACAAACUCCUUCAGCCAGUCAGCAUAACGAAACACCGGGAAACAUCUUCUUCAUCAUCAUUGGAGCCAGAUGAUGAAUCAGGCUUUUGCCAAAUCUAGUCGGAAGAACAGAAGAAACUCUGCGAGUUCAUUCUCUUGUUUUUAUUUAAUUGUUGUUAUUGACUUUAUUUCUGCAAUAAAUUCACAUAUUGCUGUGUUUAAACUACUGAUGUUACAGUUAGCACUUGCUGCUUCGGGAGACGCCACCACUGUCCUGCCACCUGUGGCUUGCAUUUCACAUCAUCAGCUACAGAGCAGGUCCUGAUUGGCUGCUUACAUUGUCAACUAUGGUGGCGAUCCCUGAUUGGCCCCGAUUGGAUUUUAAUUUCUGUAUAUGCAGCGGCAGAGGGGCAGCACCGAGUCCACACUGAUAUACAUUACAUCAUCGGGAUGGUCUAACCAGGCUACUUGUACAUUGUCAAUUAACAUCCACUGAAAGUGUUAGUUUCUGCCACUGACUGGCUCAGAAUAUUAUUCUAAGUGUCUGACAACAUUAUGUAAAGGAUUCAUACAGACGUCGACCUUUAUGUUAAAGAGUGAGAUCUUUUUUGUUCAACUAGAAAAAGCCCGAAAUUGGCAUCGCAAAACCUACCAGACUCUAUUUAAAUAAACAGUAGAGCUGAUCAGAUCAGAUUGAUGGAUGAGAGGAGUGGCUGCUGCAGAGGAAGAGUGAAUGCAAACUUGCGAUUAAGUCUGGAUAUGUGGAUUCAUCACCUCUGUGCCUGUCUUCACAUAUAAAGUACCUCAGUG